AUUCUCAGUCCAUGGAGGAAGUAGUAAUUCCAUUUUUUCCAUGCUCCAUCGCCGUCUAUCACCGUGAACAGAGUCAGAGUAUUGAAGAAGUAGGGAAGGACGUGCAUUAAUAAAUAUAUACAUUUAAUACGGCUGUGUUGGUUGGUGUUGGUCGAGGUGGAUAAGGUCGUAGUCGUCGUAGUGAACGUUCGUGAACGGUGGUGAACUAGUGUAGUGAACCACAAAGAACCACUUGUGGUUGUUGAAUGGCCCGUACUGCUGAUACGACUUGAGCAAACCAGAGCAAACUAGAUACAUACGUUUGACAGAACGUGAUAUUGCUAUUGUAUAGUGAGGCAAUAGUUUCCAAUAAAUUUAAGUUACUUUUGAGUUGAUUGGAAAUGGCCACUGUACUUCGUGUUAAACGCCGCUGCAACGAAGAACCACUUGAGGCACUGGUUUUUGCAUGUAAACGAAGAAAAAAAUUAGAAGAAAUUUCUGAAGACAAGGAUAGUUUUGCAACCAUUUUAAAGUUCUCUACGACUGUUAAGGCUCAAGAAAAUGAUUUAUCUGUUCUUUUACCUGUCGAUGAAAGAGAAGAUAUUUGGAAAGCCAGGCUAAAUCAUAAAGUUGAUAUCUCCAAAAAAAUUCGUGAACAGAGAAAAAAAAAUUCAGAAAACAGUAGAUUCAAAGUGGUAAAUUGCUUCAGACAUGUGGAAGUAGAAGAUCCAGAAAAAGAAGAUGAUGAGAAGAGAGAUGUUAUAAUUUUUGAUAUUGAAAGUUCUGAACAAAAUAUGCAAGAAAAUAACAAAGAAUCACCAGAGGAUGAGCAUUAUGUUUACGACAUAUAUUAUGGCCAAACCAGCAAUGAAUGUGAUUUCACUACUCUGGACCAUUUGGUUGAUAUUAUGCCAGUUUCUUCAUUUCAUUUUGGAUCUAAUGGGGCAUCUGAUGAAGAUUCAGUAGCAGAUGAUGACAAUGAUGAUUCAAAUGAUGAAAGUAACUGGCGAAAUGAUUAUCCGGAUUCUGAUCACAGUAUUAAUGAAGAUGACAUGAGAUUAGCCCUGCAAAUGGAUGACAUGAACUUAGGCAAUGAUCUAUCUUCAAGUGAUGAUGAAGGAUUGAUAUAUGGAGUUGAAACAGAUCCACAAGAUGUUGAAUAUUAUGGUGAAGUGUAUGCAAAAUACAAAGCUCGAAUACGUCGAGAAUUUAAUGAAGAUAUUACAUCUUCAGAUGAGGAUGACAAUCAAAAUUCAUUGGAAGGUGGUGGUGAAGUUGAUAGUGAUGAAAAUGAAGAUCCUGUUUUAAGAUUUAUGUGAAAUGGUGUAAUUCAAAUGACAGCCUGCAUCUGAAAAAAAUUUGUCUCAAUCACUUUUGUACCUGAGCUUCAUUUGUUGUGAUAUUAUUUCACAGCCAUUGAAGUUAAUUUCGAAAUGUAUUAAAUCAUUUGAUGAUAUGUUAAUAUGUUUGUUUUAUU